AUGGGUAGAGAAAAUAUAAUCCACUAUCAGAUUGAACAUGAACAUGAGACUGAUCUCACCAAGAAUCAAAAAGAUAUAGAAGAAAUUGAAACUCGUUUCUUAAGAUUACAUCCAGAAGAGAAACCGACUUCAGAACCUACGGGUAGAAAGACUACGGAAAAGAAAGCUCUUUUAAGAUCUCAUUCCAAACAUGAUAACUUCCCCUUUACAUUAGGUAGAGACCUGACUCUCGAAGACUACCUUCACAAUAAUAAAUUUUAUGUGGACUCAAUAAAACAUAAUUAUGCAGAUCAAAUCUUUGAUUUAAACGGGAAGGGUCAAGCUCCGCAUACACUUUGGAUCGGAUGUUCUGAUUCCAGAGCAGGUGAAUCUUGUUUGGCUACUUUACCGGGUGAAGUGUUCACUCAUAGAAAUAUUGCUAAUAUUGUGAAUGCCAAUGACUUAUCAUCUCAAGGUGUUAUUCAAUUUGCUGUUGACGUAUUAAAAGUUAAGAAAAUUAUUGUAUGUGGUCAUACUGAUUGUGGCGGCGUAUGGGCUUCCUUAUCUUCCAAACGUAUUGGAGGUGUAUUAGACUUGUGGUUAAACCCCGUGAGACAUAUUAGAGCUCAGAAUUUGAAGCUUCUUAAUGAAUAUAACCACGAUCCAAAAGCUAAGGCCAAAAAAUUAGCUGAACUUAAUGUGAUUUCUUCUGUUCUCGCCUUGAAAAGACACCCAUCUGCAUCUGCAGCUUUGAAAAAGGGUCAAAUUGAAGUUUGGGGUAUGAUGUACGAUGUUGGUACCGGGUACUUGACACCUGUAGAAAUCCCAACUGAUGAAUUUGAGGACUUGUUUCUUAUUCAUGAUGAUGAACCUGACGAAGAAGACUUCAACCCUCAUUAG